CCUGGCUGACCAGUGGGCGGAAGCGUGGCGCAGUCUUGGUGUAGUUUUCCUACCUUGAGGAGGGCGGAGCAGGUAGCUCACCCAGAAAUCCUCCCUCCAGGUGGUCUGUGGGCUCUGAGGCGCAGGCGUCGCGGCGAGGUCUGGGCACGAGUAGGGGGCGCGCGGAUAUCCCUGUCCUCCGCCUGCACCGGCACGCGCCCCAGAGCGCACGUCAUCUGUAGCACUUGCAGGACCCCGAGCUUCCAGAUCGCACAAUAAACGUGUGCUGAUGACAGGCGGUAUGCGGAGAGCAGCCUUUAGAAGACGCCAAGUACAGCUCUCUCCUCAGGGUCGGGAACAUGGCCAGAAGGGCUCUCAAGCUUGCUUCGUGGACGAGCAUGGCUCUUGCUGCCUCUGGCUUCUAUCUCUAUGGCAACAAGUACUUGGACCCCAAUGACUUUGGCGCUGUCAGGGUGGGCAGAGCAGUUGCCACGACAGCUGUCAUCAGUUACGACUACCUUACCUCCCUGAGGAGUGUCCCCUAUGGCUCAGAGGAAUACCUGCAGCUUCGAUCCAAGGUGCACCUCCGCUCUGCCAGGCGCCUCUGUGAGCUCUGCUGUGCCAACCGGGGCACGUUCAUCAAGGUGGGCCAGCACCUGGGGGCUCUGGACUACCUGCUGCCGGAGGAGUACACCAGCACACUGAAGGUGCUGCACAGCCAGGCCCCACAGAGCAGCAUGCAGGAGGUCCGCCAGGUCAUCCGUGAGGACCUGGGCAAGGAGAUUCAAGAUUUGUUUGUGAGCUUUGACGACACCCCUCUGGGGGCUGCCUCCCUGGCCCAGGUCCACAAGGCGGUGCUACAUGAUGGGCAGACGGUGGCCGUGAAGGUCCAGCACCCAAAGGUACAGGCUCAGAGCUCAAAGGACAUUCUCCUGAUGGAGGUGCUCGUCCUGGCUGUGAAGCAGCUGUUUCCAGAGUUUGAGUUCAUGUGGCUGGUGGAUGAAGCCAAGAAGAACCUGCCUUUGGAGCUGGAUUUCCUCAAUGAGGGGAGGAACGCUGAGAAAGUGGCCCAAAUGCUCAAACACUUUGACUUCUUAAAGGUCCCCCGAAUCUACUGGGAGCUGUCCACCAAGCGGGUCCUUCUGAUGGAGUUUGUGGAAGGCGGGCAGGUCAACGACAGAGACUACAUGGAGAGGAACCAGAUUGAUGUCAAUGAGAUCUCACGCCACCUGGGCAAGAUGUACAGUGAGAUGAUCUUUGUCAACGGCUUUGUGCACUGUGACCCCCACCCAGGCAACGUGCUAGUGCGGAAGUGCCCAGGCACGGGGAAGGCGGAGAUUGUCCUAUUGGACCACGGGCUCUACCAGGUGCUCACAGAACAGUUCCGCCUGGAUUACUGCCACCUCUGGCAGUCACUGAUCUGGACUGACAUGAAGAAUGUAAAGAAGUACAGUCAGCGCCUGGGAGCCGGGGACCUCUACCCCUUGUUCGCCUGCAUGCUGACAGCCCGGUCCUGGGACUCAGUCAACAGGGGCAUCGGCCAGACUCCAGUCACUGCUACUGAGGACUCAGAGAUUCGCAACAAUGCGGCCAACUACCUCCCCCAGAUCAGCCAGCUCCUCAGCCACGUGCCACGCCAGAUGCUGCUCAUCUUCAAGACCAACGACCUGCUGCGCGGCAUUGAGGCCGCCCUGGGCACCCGUGCCAGCGCCAGCUCCUUCCUCAACAUGUCACGUUGCUGCAUCAGGGCACUGGCCGAGCACCAGAGGAAGAUUACACGUUCAUUCUUCAGAAGGACCCAGAUCUCGCUCAGCCAGGCCUUCCACUUACGGUGGAUCGAUCUUCAUGAACUGGUCCUGCGUGUGAAGGGGCUGAGGCUGGUCAGCUGGGUCAUAGCUCUGCUUUGCUGGCUGUUGCCUGCUUCAUACUGAGUGGACUGGCUGUGUGACCUCGGUGUGAGGUCUCUGUGUGACCCUGUGGUCUUUUCACUCCUUACUCUUCUGUUACAUCUCUACCCUUUGCCCUGUUUCUGCCACAUGGUGUCUGAGAAUCCCACGGUCACUGUCCACAGCACCAUUAAAGUCCUCUCCCUUGGAGUCCUUGUCUCGGCGUCCCCAAGCUGUGCCCUGCGAGAGACUUCUUUCCAAAUCCAGGGAGAAGGCACAGCAGUCUGCUUUCCUGUUCCCCGUGUGUGCCGUUGGGUUGGAUGCCACCUUCCCCCAAUUUCCAUUAACCCUUCCUGUUGUCAGAAUGGACCAUGAAUCCCACUGAGGGCACAUUUAACUCCUCAGAGGUUUGAUUUUGUUGGAGAGGAGCCUAGUCUCUGAGCUAUGUGAGAGAACAGCUUCUCCCUGCAAUGUCGCUCCCCAGAGGGGCCGACCUGAGCCAGGAGACUCAGCACCCGAGCCAGGCUCUGGUGCCACUGUGAGCUCCCUGCUGUCAUGAUGACCCCUUUGGUGUUUCAUGUACUGUGGUUCAAUAAAAACCCCUGCAGGGUUGCAGGGCAGGGCCUGGUCAGUGGGGUUUUUAUUCUGGGUUGGGAGCAAGUCCACCCUGGCCGCUGGGUAAGAUGCCUCCGGAUGCCGCGUGGUUCUGAUCUGCUUGGCUUCUGGCCAUGUAAUCCUUCCAGCCUCCACUGUGCGGCCACUUCCUGCUUCUGGUGUGUUUCUCUCACUUUCUGAGAUCUUGGCUGGAGGUGUUAAGAAGCCCAAGGCCAGGAACUCAGAGGCUGAGCUUUAUCCUCCAACUCUGGUUCCCCUGGGUUCUCACCUCGUUCCCUGUGACUUGGCACCUGCCUUGUUCUACUAAUUGCCUCCCGAUUUAGCCCUUGGAGGUGUCGUUCGAUGCCCCCAGUCCUGGAGACUGUAGCCCAAACUUCAGUCACUGUGGCUGGUGUUCCACUCUGAAAUCUUGUCCCCUGUCUAGACUGUGUCUACCUUAUUGACUUCUGCCAGCUGGCCUCCCCCCCACCCCCGUUAGAGUAUCUGCUCCUGCUGUGGGGACACCCUCAAACUCCUGCUCUGACUCCUGUGUCUGUGUGGUCUCCAGGCUCCCUGAGAACCCCCCCCCCCCCAACUCUCUCGGAGCACCUGUGCUCACAGAUGGUAAUUGUAUUUGAAUCUCUCUGAUCUUACUUCACCCCAUUCACAGGGGCAGAGAAAACCUAAAUUUGAGUCUCAUUUUCUGUUCUUUUUAUUCAUAAUACAACAAGCAGAUUUUACACUGAUCAGAGAUGAUUCGCAAUCCCUUCAUUUCCUGAAAGAAUUAAUUGUUCUUAGUGACCAGUUGGAUGUCCCCAGGGACCUGAGAGAAUAAUCUGCAAGAUCUGUUAUGAAUCAUGAGGAUGCCUGCUGCAUAUUAUAUUUUAUGGUAUCUUUUAUAGCCACUGAAGUAAAUAUAAAUGUCCUUUUUGUUCAA